ACAAAAGUCGUCGCUAGCAUUCAUCCAAUACUUGAUAGGGAUCAAAGAUGAAUCGAACGGCAGAGUCCCCGAUGGAUUUCCAGUAUGAGCAUGGUACGCCGGCGGAUCCAAAUAGUCCGUGGCGGACGGCUGCUAUGCAGAAUUCUCUGGUUGCUUUGGAGCAGGGUCGGAAACGACCGUUGGGUUUCGGAGGUGACGCAUUCAACACCCCAUCAAAAGUCCCACAAAGCAAUGGCAACGGGUUCAACGCACCCACCGCCCCAUUCCUUUUUAACACCCCACAAACCAUCCCUCAUACCCGGCAAACACUCGCACAACCUCCGGCGCCUGAGGCAGAUAUGGACGAUACCCCCGGUGCGGAUGGCGGAGAUGAGACGGAUAUGACACCCGUUGAGAGGGAGGAGAAGCUCAGGAAGGGUAAGAAGGGGAAGGUUGCGGAUGGGGCGUUGAGGAAGGUCAAGAAGAGACGGGAGGGGGGACGGGAGAAGAGGUUUUGGAAGGGGGAGGAGAAGGAGAAUGAUAGUGAGAGUGGGGACGACGCCACGAUGUUGUACACACCGCAGGCUCAACUUGCCGGACCGCGAUGGUCUCUUGAUCCCGAUCAUAUCACGACAUGGCUACAGUUCUUCUUCAACCUUCUUCUGGUUGCGAUUCCGAUUUACCUUUUUUACGCUCUCUACACGACCAUCAUUCAUGACGUGGACCUCAAAAUUGAGGAGUAUUCGAGCGAGAUUCUGGCAGAGAUGGCAUUGUGCACGAAGGAGUACCUGGACAACCAUUGUUCGAUGGCUCAAAGGCCUCCGGCAUUGGAAGGGGCAUGUAAUGCGUGGGAGCGGUGCAUGAACCGGGAUCCGACUGUAGUUGGCCGGGCCAGGGUUGGCGCGGAGACGUUUGCAGAGAUUGUGAACAGCUUCGUGGAGCCAAUCUCCUACAAGACGAUGAUCUUUGGAUUACUUGUUAUACUCGGCUCGGCCUUUUUGUCAAACGUUGCAUUCGGUUUCUUCAGGCAGAAAGCACAGCAGCAUCACCAGACGCAGCAUCACACAGUGUACACCCAACCCAUGAUGAUCGCACCCCAAUACAGAGGACACGAACGAAGCAGGAGUGUCAAGAGACUUAACAUCGCCUACCCCGCCAACGGCACCCAGAAGCUCAUCGACAUCGACGAUGAGCGUCGCCUCCGUGUCUUCAUGGAGAAGCGCAUGGGUGCCGAGGUUCCCGGUGACUCCGUUGGAGACGAGUUCAAGGGCUACGUCUUCAAGAUCACCGGUGGAAACGACAAGCAGGGUUUCCCCAUGAAGCAGGGUGUUCUCCACCCCUCCCGUGUCAGGCUUUUGUUGUCCAAGGGACACUCUUGCUACCGUCCCCGCCGUGAGGGUGAGAGGAAGCGCAAGUCCGUCCGUGGAUGCAUCGUCGCCAUGGACUUGUCCGUUCUCUCCCUCGUUGUCGUCAAGCAGGGUGAGGCCGACAUCCCCGGAUUGACCGACACCACCGUUCCCAAGCGUCUCGGCCCCAAGCGUGCCUCCAAGAUCCGCAAGUUCUUCAACUUGUCCAAGGAGGACGAUGUCCGCAAGUUUGUCAUCCGCCGCGAGGUCCAGCCCAAGAACGCCGAGAAGAAGGCCUACACCAAGGCCCCCAAGAUCCAGCGUCUUGUUACCCCCCGCACCCUCCAGCACAAGCGCCACAGGCUCGCUCUCAAGCGCAGAAGGGCUGAGGCCCAGAAGGAGGCCGCUUCCGCUUACGCUGACCUCCUCACCAAGCGUGUUACUGAGGCCAAGGACCGCAAGGCUGCCACCAAGGCUCGCCGUGCUUCCUCCAUGCGCAAGUAG